AUGCGGUCUGAUAGUCGCACAUCCGUAUGGUCGCCCGGUGGUUUUCUAUCCGUUCAGGCGGUGGAGGCGACCGACGACGUCAUCCACGUGCUGUUGCUCGUACGGAUGGUUUCUUGCCGUGCAGGCGUGGUUGGACGGGGCAUGUUGCCCUCGGGACGCGCGAGGGACUCGUUGCUGGGCCUGGACGUGCCUCAGAAUGCUGAAGGUGAAGGCAAGCUUUGCGACUGUGGGGCAGUUGAAGACGAGAUGCAUGCUCGUGUGGAAUGCCCGGCGUACACUACUACGCGGGCUAAGUACGAACGUGACCUCGCGUUUCAAGGGCGCGACAUGCGCAUGAUUAUGACCGAGGCCCCACUCCUGGCACUAGCCAGGUUCCUCUCGGAAGUCUGGGAGACCCGGCACGUUGCUCUAAGGCGCUUCGUGCUCAAGCGGACGAGGGAGGACGAUGAUGGUCCACCGUGUAACCGCACUAAAAACGAUUUACCGUCCAUGGGGCCCCCGGCUUUUGCAGACACCCCCGCACAAGUGCUUGUGCGGAACUUGCAAACUAGUAAACUGCAGGAAAGGUUUUUAGUGUGCAGCGAACCUCGGUUAUUUUUGAUAAUCUCACUUUCAGAGCUGCUGGCCGCCUGCUAA